AUGACAACUAUAUGUGCAGCUCCACAAUGUGGUAAAGAAACAGAAUCAAUGUUGAAAUGUCCAGUAUGUUUAAAAGAUGGAAUAUCAAAUGUAUUUUGUGAUCAAAAUUGUUUUAGAUCAAGUUAUGGAAUUCAUAAAGCUAUUCAUAAAUCAGAAGAUGGUGAACCAUCAUAUAUUCCAUUCCCAAAUUUCGAAUACAAGGGAGAUUUAAGACCUCAUUAUCCAUUAUCACCAAGAAGAUCAAUACCAAAACAUAUAAAAUUACCUGAUUAUGCAAAAGAUGGUAAACCAUAUAGUGAAAUUAAAAAUGAUAGAAUUGGUAAAAUACCAACAUUGUCACCAAAGGAAAUUACAAAGAUUAAAAAAGUAAGUAAAGCAGCUAGGGAAAUAUUGGAUAUAACUGCAAGUUAUAUAAAACCAGGUAUUACAACUGAUGAAUUAGAUGAAAUUUUACAUAAAGAAUGUCUUAAAAGAAAUGCAUAUCCUUCACCAUUAAAUUAUUAUAAUUUCCCUAAAUCAUUAUGUACUUCUAUAAAUGAAGUUAUUUGUCAUGGUAUACCAGAUAAAACAAAAUUAAAAGAUGGAGAUAUUGUAAAUUUAGAUGUUACUAUUUAUUAUUUAGGAUUUCAUGCAGAUUUAAAUGAAACUUAUUAUGUUGGAGAAAAAGCUACUAGUGAUCCAGAUACUGUACGAUUAGUAGAAACAACAAGAGAAUGUCUUGAUUUAGCUAUGAAAGCUUGUAAACCAGGAGUUGCAUUUAGAGAAUUAGGUAAUAUAAUAGAAAAACAUGCAUCAGAAAAUAAUUGUUCAGUAGUAAGAACUUAUUGUGGUCAUGGAUGUGGAGAAUUAUUUCAUUGUCAACCAAACAUUCCUCAUUAUGCUAAAAAUAAAGCUAUAGGUAUAAUGAAACCUGGACAAGUUUUUACAAUUGAACCAAUGCUUAAUUUAGGAACUUAUAAAGAUUGUACAUGGCCAGAUAAAUGGACCUCGACUACUUUAGAUGGUAGUAAAUCUGCUCAAUUUGAACAAAUGUUGUUGAUUACUGAAGAUGGUGUUGAAAUUUUAACCGCAAGAGAUGAAAAAUCACCAGGUGGUCCAGUACCUAGAAUAUAA